AUGUCGUCCGAGUCCUCGCGCAGGCCGCAGCAAGCGCUCCUAAUGGACGACCUCAGGGCGUACCCCGGAGCCACAGUCCCCGGACUUCUUCCCAUGUCGGAAGAUGCGUCGCCAAUCGAACAACGGUGGGCAAUCCUUUCCGCCAUGCCCAAAACACAUUUGCCCGUCUGCUUGCCGCAGGCUCUCCUCGACGACCUCAGACUCCGGAUCGAUCCCGACUUCUAUUCGGAGCGGUCGCUGGUCUUCGGGCGCGACGCCUUGCACGCUAGGACAUUCCCUAUGCGCCAUUUGAUCCUACGACACUACGUUAUCCAAGCGGGUGAUGCAUAUGCGAUGGUGGACGAAUCCUGGGCGAAUCACAAUGACAACGACUCGUGGUCGCUCCCGAAGAAGAUAUCCCCGGAGAGCAAAAGCACAUACCUCCACUUCGCAGUCAGGCUUGUAGACGUGCCAUUUGUCUAUGAAUGCAUACGUCUUGGAGCCGACGUCAACUAUGUUGAUGCCGAGGGUCGGACACCACUGUUCUGCGCCAUGGAGGAGCUGUUUGGGUUCAUUUUCGAGACGGCUCACAUACAGCUACUCGGCGGAACUCGCGACAACGAAUUCGACGCAUCUGCGUAUGCUCGACUCCGACACAUGGUCAAGAUUCUGGUCGAGCAACAUGCCAUUAUGCACAUCGUGCCCACUGACUCGGACACUCUGCCCUUCCUAGGCGAUCUGUACGAGAUCUGCGGGACUGGGUUGUUGGCUAUGAUGGCCUGGUUGAGUCUGGAUCUAGAACUCCUCGAGCUGUUUGCUCUUCACGGAUUCCCACUUUCACCGCUUUUGGGUUUUACGUAUCUGCUCGACCAAUGGGACACAGGGAAGGUAGACCCUGAAAAGGCGUCACUCUGUAAGGAGCUCGUGGUGCGACUCGCUUCCAGAGACGAAUCCGAACUGUUGCCGCGACCACCGCGAAAAUGUCCUUGCUGGUCAGGCAAACCACUACACGAAUGUCAUGGAUCGGGCGACCAUCCAUACCCUCCUACCUUUGCGUGCAUCUGCAGGUCGGCAAAGACGUACGCAAAUUGCUGUAGAACCAGAGGAUUCGCAUUCGUGGAGCAGUGGAAUAACGAGCUGGGACGCAUGACCGUCUUACAGCUCUGUGAGGCGGAGGCCGAGGGGCAGGCACCAACCUACGUGUCUUUCCGCAGCCAUACGCCAGGGGUGCCAUCGGGGCUAAUUUGGCCAGAUACCGGGAAGAAGAAGUCUUGGGAGCUUCUCAUUAUGGCCAUCGAGUAUAACGAUACUCAAAGUGAAGAGAAGGCCGACCCGGCGUUUCGAGCUGCGGCGUUGAUAUCGGAGUAUCUGCCUCUGCCUGGAGUGGACUGGGGCUCGAAGGUUUGGGGAAAGGAGGUCGCCAGUUUCUGGAACCGCACUGUCGAUGACUACAUCGCACUCGGAACAGACACGCGCAGCAAAUCCAACAUUGGACGGGCCGCCAAGCUGGAUCCCUUUUUUCUGCCCCUUUGGAAGAGAUGUGAAGCGACCGGGUGCACGAAAAUUGAUCGCCCGGGCCUCACGAUGAAACGUUGUCGUGGAUGCCAAAGGAUAUUCUAUUGUGGCCCAAUGUGCCAGAAGGCGCAUUGGAAAGAGCACAAGCCAGCAUGCCAGAGAGGAGACCACCCGCUACAGCUCCUGCGAUCACAGACGAUCUAUAAAACGAUUAUCAAGGAAGUCAUUGAGCCCGCCGAGGAACGUCUACUGCACGAUGCCAUCGACUCAGAGAAUUCGAAGUCUGACGGCGCCGACUCGGAGAGUUCGAACUUGAAGUCUGACGACGCCGACUCGGACAAUUGA